AUGAGCUCAUCACCUGCUCUGGAGAGGAAGAGCUUCGAUGUCACUCCUGAUUUGAAUGAUCCGGAAAAGUCUCUCGAUAUUCCCCAAUAUAGACAAGAUGCUUUUGGUGACGAGGAGUUUGCCGAAGUCAAAUACAAGGUGUUGAAGUGGUGGCAAUGCGGUUUGUUGAUGGUUGCCGAAACAGUAUCAUUGGGUGUGCUCUCUCUGCCCGCUGCCGUGGCAGGUCUGGGACUUGUGCCUGCCAUUCUCGUUCUGAUCUUCCUGGGCUCUCUGGCCACUUAUACCGGCUACGUAAUCGGACAGAUGAAGUGGAAAUACCCUCACAUCUCAACAAUGGCAGAUGCCGGCGAAGUUAUCGGCGGAAAAUGGGGUCGGGAAUUUAUCGGCGGUGCUCAAAUUAUCUUCUUCGUCUUCAUCAUGUCCAGUCAUCUUUUGACCUUCACGGUGGCCAUGAACACCAUCACAAACCACGGAACUUGCUCCAUUGUCUUCGGAAUCGUCGGCAUGGUCAUCUCAUUCAUUCUCUCGCUGCCUCGUACAUUGGUCAAGAUGUCCUGGCUAUCCCUUGUUUCAUUCGGAAGUAUCAUGACUGCAGUUUUGAUCGUCAUGAUCGGUGUCGGUAUCACGAAACCCGGCGAUGAUGUUGUCGCGGUCUACCACACAGACUUGUACCACGGCUUCUCCGCUGUCUGCAACAUCGUCUUUGCAUUUUGCGGCCACGCCGCUUUCUUUGGCCUGAUGGCUGAAUUGAAGAACCCCAAGGACUUCACCAAGUCCCUCUGCUUGCUGCAGGGUAUUGAUAUGGCGCUUUACAUCAUUGCUGCUCUGGUGAUUUACCGUUAUGCCGGAAGCGAUGUCACCUCACCUGCUCUGGGGUCUGCUUCCCCCAUAGUCGCCAAGGUUGCGUACGGCAUUGCCUUGCCUACUAUCGUAAUUGCCGGUGUCAUCAAUGGCCAUGUCGCAUUCAAGUAUGUCUACCUGCGCAUCUUCCAAGGCACCGACCGCAUGCACAAGCGCGACUGGGUUGCCUGGGGCUCCUGGGUCGGCAUUGCCUUCACCAUGUGGGUGCUUGCGUGGAUCGUCUCCGCUGCCAUUCCGGUGUUCAGCAACCUUCUGAGUUUAAUUACCGCCCUGUUCGCUAGUUGGUUCACCUACGGCCUGAGUGGCAUUUUCUGGCUGUUUAUGAACAAGGGACUGUGGUUCUCUUCACCGAAGAAGAUCGCACUCACUGCCCUGAACUUUACGAUUAUCGCUAUCGGCGCAGCUCUGUGUGGUCUCGGUCUCUGGGUCUCUGGAAAAGCCAUCCAUGAUAACCCCAGUAGUGCGAGCUUUUCCUGCGCUAACAAUGCUUAA